CAGCCUCCAGUGCUCCUCAGCUGAAGCACACUUCAGAUGCUCAGAGGAGCGCCUCUCACCAUGGAGGUGAUGAGAUACCAGUUCUCCAGGUCGGCCAACAGUUCUGAAGAAAGGGUUCUCACUCACUACAGCGAGGUCUCACUGCUGUUGGAAGACAGGCCCGAUUUUCCAGAAGAGCUCCAGGGCGCCAAGAAAGGGAUGCUGUACCUCACCCAAUACAAAAUGAUAUUCCAGCACAAAGAUAAGGGAUCGACCAUCAUUCGUUUCCCACUCCAGCUUCUUGAAGAUUGUUUGCUGGAAGAUGAGCCUGGUUCUAAACCCCAGUGCAUCAAAGGAACCCUGACUUCUGGACGGGGAGCGGUGUCCUUCAAGUUAACCUUCUGUCACGGAGCUGCCACCGAAUGCCUAAGCAUGAUUAAAGACCUGUCUGAAGCCGACAUGUUGAGGGAAGGCAGGAAUCUCCAGGAAUACCCCACUGCCUCCAUCUACACGUAUGCCCACCCUGGAGCACCUCGGUCAGCUCGUUCCCUCAACACGUUCCCACUGUGGCCGCCCCCAUACCCUGGCCCACCGGACCUCCCCCCUCCUUAUUCUGAAGUGCAAGCGACACCCCUGCGAGGGAACCAAGGAUCAGAAAUCCAAGAGGGCUGCUGCCAUUGCAGAAGGCAACAAAUCCAGAAUCAAAUGGGCAGGCAGGACUAAGGACCGACCAGCGCAGAAAGGU